AUGCCGCCACCACCAACACAAGGCCUAAUAUACAAUACAGAGGAUGUUUCCAUAGCGGUAUUUACAACUGCUACAAACUACCUUCGUACUCGGCUACCGUCCGAGCUUGCCAAACCAAAAGUAGCAAUCAUAUGUGGCUCAGGACUUGGACAAUUGGCUGAUACUAUUGAAAAUAAGGUGGAAUUUGCAUAUGAAGACAUACCAGGGUUUGUUUCCAGUACAGGAAAACUCGCUUUUGGAUUCCUUGGUGAUAAAAGAACACCGACGGUUUGCAUGGUCGGAAGAUUCCAUUUUUAUGAAGGGCAUACACUUAAACAAGUUACAUUACCUAUAAGAAUUUUUAAGAUGUUAGGUGUGGAAAUAUUGAUCGUUACAAACGCGACCGGAGCAUUGAGCAGAGAUUUCAAAGUUGGCAUGAUAGGCGUAAUAACUGAUCACAUUUCCCUUCCUGGCUUAGCCGGAAACAACCCUCUAUUUGGUCCGAACGUGUCUGCUUUCGGAACGAGAUUUCCGCCAAUGUCCGACGCGUAUGAUUAUGAUCUUCGUGUAGUUGCAUUUAAAGCUGCUGAUUCUCUGAAAUUCCCCAGAGGAACGUUGAAAGAAGCUAUUUACACUUUCGUCGGCGGACCCUCAUUUGAGACUAGGGCUGAGGCAAGGUACCUGAAAUCAAUAGGUGGUGAUUUAGUAGGAAUGUCUACGGUGCCUGAGGUUAUUGUGGCAAGGCAUUGUGAAAUUAAGGUACUCGGUUUAAGUUUGGUGUCUAAUAUGGUAGCUAUUGGAAAAGGUAAAUCUGCGGAUCCGGAAGUGCAGGAUUUGAACGGUAUAGAGGAGCCAUUGGUGAAUCAUGAUGAGGUACUUCAGAUUGGAAAAGAAAGAGCCUUGGAUAUGCAGAGAUUA